AUGACACGUGAUGAUAUUAAACCCACUCAUGUAAAUACUGACGCACUAGAGGCGGCAAUGAAUGCCCGAGAGAAGAAACAACAAGCAGAAAAAGAUCAUGAGAAGGAAGAGGAGCAUGAUAGGAGCGAUGAUAGUAGAUCGAUUCCAACGCUCUCGAACUGUAUGGAUCUCAACGAUAUUCAGGAUAAUGAGCUUUACUAUGUGGGUACAGCAGGCGUAAAAAUCAUCGAGUUAGACGGCAUAGAAAUGCUACAGAAUGUGAAAAAGCUGCACGUACGUUCGAAUCUAUUGCGUUCAAUGACAAGUGUAUCGUCUUUGGUGCAUUUAGAGCACUUAGAGCUGUAUGAUAAUCGAAUUGAGACAAUUGAAGGCGUACAAGAGCUCGUGAAUCUAAAGGUCCUGGAUUUAUCAUUCAAUGAGAUUCGAGUGAUUCCAGACUUGAGUCCUUUGUCUCAACUGGAAGAGCUUUAUGUGGCCAAUAACAAGUUAAAGAAGAUUGCGGGCAUUGAAAAUCUCUCGAAGUUGAAGAAAUUAGAUCUUGGUGCCAAUCGACUGCGAAGUAUUGAAGGUUUGAAUGGACUCGUGGAACUUAAGGAGUUGUGGCUAGGAAAAAACAAGAUUACAGCAAUUCAGGGACUCGAAAAACUUACCAAGUUAAAGAUCAUCAGUGUGCAGAGCAAUCGUGUGGUGACGAUUGCGGGACUCACAAACAAUGUCGACUUGGAGGAGCUGUAUCUGAGUCAUAAUGGUAUUGAGACAAUUGAAAAUGUUGAGCAUCUGACAAAUCUAACAACCAUGGAUCUUGCUGGAAACCGUAUCACGCAUAUUCCGACAAACAUGGCUUCACUUUUGCAGCUAGAAGAUUUGUGGCUAAAUGACAAUCAGAUCGCGCAGUAUGCAGAUGUGGAGAGCCUGGCGUCUUUAGCAGGGUUACGCACGUUGUACCUCGAGCGAAAUCCUCUUUCUCAAGACUUUGAAUACCGAAUGAAGCUCGAAGAGUUGCUGCCACAGCUUGACCAAAUUGAUGCGACAGCGACAACGAGGGCGAGACAACGACAUAUAUAG